AUGACCCUUCUGCGCUGCCCGUGCAUAUCUUGGGGGUCGAUGGCUGAUGCUCGCAAGUGUCCCGAGAACACGAGUUCCGGCUCAAGGCUCAAGGCCCUGCAAGCGAGUCGGCCCCGCGUUGCCGGUGGGCAGUGCGGGGGCUGUAGGAGUCGGAGAUCCAGUGGCGCCAUGAUGCGGGGUGGUAUGGAUGCGGUGGGCGACAAGAAUCACGUGAUCCGGAGCGUGUGCGGGAACCAUCGCAAGGGCUUCGGCGACAUCAAAGACAUCACACGGCAAGCCCAGUGUAUGAACAGGGACAUUGAGCGGAAUGAUGUGGAGAGGUUUCUGGGUGCUCACGAGAGGGCCUUCGAGGAGCUCCAAAGGCAUCAAGACGCGAGGACGCAAGAAAGCGACUUCAUCCGACGGAGCCGUCCUAAGCUGACUGCCGAAGAUGACGUCGUCAGGCAGCGACGAAGGAACACUGGUGCUCCUGCGUACCGCUUGUUUAACCGAUCGGAGCGCCGGGAGGUUGAGUGGGCCCGCCCACCUUUUGCGCAUCCCUGCCGGGCAACAUGCGAUGAGUACAACAGGAAAGAGAUCAUGAUGUCGGCCUUGCACCUGCAGCGCUCAAACUCCCUGCGCCCGCAGAGCGCAGGCGCGAAAUCCUUGCCAAAGAGCCAGGAGCCCAAGCCAGAGGCCAAGCCACGCCCUGCUAGCGCUUCGGCCGCGUCGCGGCGGAGCUCCGUGAAAUCCGCGUCGGGAUCUGCCCUCAGUAAGCUCACGCCCGCACUCCGACUAGAGGUACAGAAAGUUGUGGCCUCAGAGGUACAGAGAAUCGUACAGCCUUUGCAGGAGCAGCUGCAAAAAGAGAAGCUGACGAGGCAGCGUCUAGCUAUGUCUCUAAGCAGCCUCUAG